AUGCAAUCCGGCCGUCGGCACGCACUGCGGGCGCUGCGCAUCGGCGGGCCGGUCCGCGGCGCCGCGACGUUGCUGCACGAGUCCCGCAUCCCGACGGACCACUUCCAGGACUCGCUGCCCAAGAUGCCGGUCCCGGCGCUGUCGGAUACGCUCUCCAAGUUUCUGUACUUUGCGGAGCCGCUCGUGUCGGACGACGAGCACCUGCUCGCGCGGCGCGGCGCGUCUGCCUUUGCCGGCGCAGAGGGCCAACCGCGCGGCGCGGCUGCGGGCGUGCUCGAGCCGGACGUCUUCCACACAAAGCCAAAGGUGUCGCAGACGCCGCUCUGGCGCGAAGCAGUGCGGCUGAUGCCGCGAAGCGUCGCAUUCUACGGCGCUGCCGCCACGGGAGCGUAUGCGCUCGACAUGUCGCAGUACGCGAACCUGUUCCGCUCGACGAGGCUGCCUCGGCCAGAGCUCGACGAGCUCUCGACGUGCAGCGACUCGCGGCACGUGGCGCUCUUCGCUGUCUGCUUGGACGGGUCGUCGCCAGAGGAGCUGGGCGAGGUGAACCGCGCGAUGCUGCACGGGCGCGGGAUCGACGGCUGGCUCGACGAGUCCGACGACACGCGCGGGAUCGACCGCUGGUUCGACAAGUCCUUCCAGCUCGUGGUGACCGAGAACGCAAAGGCGGCCAUCAACUUUGAGCACUCGUGGGGCGACGGCGUCUCGGUGAUGACGGACGCCUUCACUACGGCGGCGCUCAAGAAGGGCGGCGUCUCCCCCGACGGGAUGAUGCAGAUGUCCUUCCAGCUCGCGAUGGCUAAGAUGAGUGGCCGGACCGUCUCGACUUACGAGUCCGCCUCCACCGCCGCCUUCAAGCACGGCCGCACAGAGACGAUCCGGGCUGCCACGCCAGAGUCGCGCGCCUUCACCGACGCCUUCACCGACCCGGCGGCGACGCCGUCGGCGCGCGCCGCGGCGAUGCGCGCCGCGGUGCGCAACCACUCGCGCGUGAGCCGCGACGCGCUCAUCGGCGCGCGCCGGCACGGGUACGGAUCUCUGCGCGAGGGGAGUGCACCCCUUGCGCCGACUCGGCUGUCUGUCUACGUAGGCGCCGGGAUGGACCGCCACUUGUGGGUGUUGCAGCGGAUGGCGGCGGAGCGAGGGCUCGCGCCGCCCCUCUUCGAGUCGGAGGCGUACCGCCGCCUCUCGAAGAUUGUCAUCUCCACCUCGACCCUCUCCUCGCCCGCCCUCGCAAACGGCGGUUUCGGGCCUUUCCACCCCGACUGCUUCGCCGUCGGGUACGUGAUCCGUGCCGACGGCUGCGGCGGCCAGAUCAUGACGUACCAGCGCGACUCGACCGGCUUCGCCGACUGCAUGGUCGCCGCGAUGCGCGAGAUGCGGGACGUGCUGCACGUCGACUCUUGA